AUGGUGUUGGGCAUGCCGUGGCUUGCACGGCAUGAUCCUACAAUAGACUGGGAGAAGCGUACGGUCGUAUGCUUCGGACACCGCGGCGCAACAGAGAGCGAUGACCCUGUUAGUGCAGCGGAUACACCUAACGGUGCAUCCGAAUAUCCUUCAGAGACAGUGGCUCGCGCCGUUGUCUCCAGUCGCAGCGCGAGGAGCGCCCAAGCUGUAACGACUCCAGGAAUCGUUGACAGCAAAAGAGUGUCUGGCCAGGGAUCAGACACUUCUAGAACAUUCUCCGCCGUAAGGCGUCGAGGUGACAAAGCGUGUCGACUCCGGGAGUUGACACGUGCUCGAUAUCAGAUUCAAGAACGUUCUCCGACGUGGGAGGUCGAAGUGACAACAGUGUGUCAGCUCUUGGAGCUGCGACACACUGCUCCGCCGCAAGGCGUAGAGGUGACGACGAAGCAUCGACUCCAGGAGUUGAUGCGACAAGCUCCGGGCUGCACGAAGCAGGGCGCGAUCAAGCCGGGCGUGAUGACGCGUGCCCGCGGGUACAAGAACCCGCCGGCGGUCGCCCGCAGACUAGAAUGCCUGCCGGCAGAAUCAAGGAACAUUCGUCCAUGA